AUGUGGAUAGAAAAGGAAAUAAAAGAAAAUCGCACACACGGAGGAGCAUUAAGUAAACAAGUAAAUGAUGAUAUUGAACUAUUAAAAAAAAGUAAUAAAUUUUUAUAUGAAAAUGGAAAUAGAAAUUUAUUUUGUGAGUCUAUGAAAAGAGAUUGUAAUGAAAGUUUGAGAGGAUGUAGUACAAUUGACUUUGAUAAAAAUGUUGAUGAGAAUAAAAAGAUGAAUACAAGUUUGUUAGUGUCAGGAUAUUUUAGAGAUAAAGUAUCAAAAAAACAUACAAAUAAAUUAAUAAAUUCUGGGAGACAAAAUGUGCAUAGUGAAGAAUCUAGAACUGAUGAUAAGUACAAAGUAGAACAGUUAAAAAAAAAAACAAAAAAAAACAAUGAAACAUUGUAUAGUAACAUACAAACAAAUCGUAACGACAAUUAUAAAAAUAGAACAAUUAGUGAUGAAAAUAAAACAAUUUGUUAUCAAUCGAAUGUAAAAAUAAACAGAGAAGAUUUAGAUGAAUUUUUUAAUACAGCUGGUAUUAAUAAUGUGAGAAAAAGAAAUGAGUUUAGUUUUGGAAAAACAGAUCAUAAUAUGUUUGGAGAGAAACAUUCAAAUAGUACUUUAGAAAAUAUAAAUAAAAAAAUAUAUAAUUUAAAUGCAAGUACAUAUAAAAAUACACAAUAUUUAAAUAAUAGCUAUAUAUAUAAUGAUAGUAUUGUAAAUAAUAAUACAGUAUUGUAUAAAGAAUAUAAUAGUAUAAAAAAUACUCGAGCUUUUGAAAAAGAAUUAGAUAUAAAUGAAGCAAAUAUUAAAGAAAACAAUUUGAAUACUCAUAAGGCUAAUAAAUACCCAGUACUAACGAAUCCCAAAAUGGCAUUUACUGAAACAUGUGAUAUGGCUCAAAAAAAGUGUAUAGACAAAUCCAAUAAUGAAAUAACAGAAAUGAUGAAUCAAAGGAAAGAAAAUAAUGAUGACCAAAAUGAACUUUUAAAAGUAAAAAAUUUUAUUUGUAAAGGUGUUCCUGGUAUUAUACGAAAUAGCGCAAAUAACUGUCUUUCAACUAAUGUAGAUAAAAAUAUACAAAAUAAAAUCGAAAAAUAUAUUAUGGAUUUUCUUGAAAAUAAUUUAGUUAACAUUCUAGAGAAAAAAAAUUUAUCAUGCUUUGAAACGGAUAAUAAUAUUUCCGAUAAAAUAAGUGAAAGUAUAAACCUUGAAAUAAAAAAAAAUAUUGAUAAAGCAUAUAAAAAUAUUAAUGAAAAUAUGAAUAUAAAUAUGAAUGAUGAAAUAAAAAAAAAUGUAGACAUAUUAAAUACUAGUUUAAGUGAAAAUAUAAAUAGCAAAAUAAAAAAUAAUAUAGAAGAAUUAUAUGAUAAAUUAAAUGAAAAUGUAUUAGAAAAUAUUAGUAAUAAUAUGGAAAAUAAUUUAUAUAAAAAUGUAAAUAAUGAAUUAAAAAGAAAAAUAGACAUAGUUGAAAAAAAAAUAGACAUUAAUGUAAAUGAUAAUAUAAAUAAAGAGUUAGAAAAAAAAAUUAUAUUUUUAAAUGAUCAAAUAAAUGAAAAUAUAAGUAAAGAACUAAAAAAAUAUAUAUCUAUCCUAAGUAGAAAUAUAGAUGAAUAUUUAAGUGAUCAUAUUGAAAAAAAUACAAAAAUUAUGUCUAAAAAUUUAGGUGUUAAUAUAGGAGAAGAAAUCAAAAAUAAUAUUACAAUCAUGGAAAAAAAUAUUGAUCACAAUCUUAAUGAAGAAAAUAUACAAAGAAAUUUUAAAAAAAUCUAUGAAAUGCAUAAUAUGAGCACUAUAGAGGAUAUCAAAAGGGUAAUAGCCAAUACCAAGGAGUAUCAAAAUCAAAACGGUUUAGAAGACAUAAAAAAUAGCUUGAACAUUAUCAUGGAUAAAAUGAAUUCAAAAAACAUAACUGAAGAAUUAAAAAUGGAUUUACAAAUGUUUGGAAAUAAAAUUGAUGAAAAAUUUUCGAUCCUAAAUGAAAAUCAGGUAAACCAUAAUAAUUAUAACAUUAAGGAAGUGGUUGAAAAAGUUAUCGAAUCAGUCGAAGGAAGAUUAACACUUUUUGCAAAAGAAAUCGAAAAAAAUAAUUUUCAAUUGUUUGAUACAUAUGUGAAAGAUAUUUUACAAAAUUAUACAAAAAUAGAUAAUGAAAAAAUAGAAAAAAAUAUAAUUAAUUGUGUUAAGAAUAAUUUAGAUGAUCAAACUCAAAAAUUGACUAAUGAACUUCAUAAUAGUAUGUCUAACGAAUUGAAAUCUUUUAAUAAAUUACAAAUAAAUAAAAAAGAUAUAAUUGAUAAUAUAAAAAAUAGUUUACUACUAUUACAACAAAAUGUAUCUAGUUCUUUGGAAGGUAACACUAUUGCUUUAAAUAACAUCAAUGAUACGGUUCUAAAAAUGGAAACAGAAAAUAAAUUGGAAUUAAAUAAAAUAUUUAACAACGUUUUAGAUAAAAUCGAAAUGAACUUUUCAAAUAAACUUAAUGAUAAAGCAAAAGAAAUUUCAACUAAAAUAGAUGAGGUUGUAUUAGAAAAAGUUUCCAGUAUAGAAGAAAAUUUAGAUCAAAUGAAAAAAAAAAUGAAUGAUACUAUUUAUCAAAUUAAUGAAAUAAAUUUACAAAUGUUAUCUAUUCCAAAUGAAGAUAAAAUAAAUAAAAUAAUCAUCGAUUUUAACAAAAAGGAAAAUAAAAAAUUUGAUGAAACUAAAGAAAUAAUAAAAGAAAAUCGAAUACAAAUAACUAAUACAUUAAUAGAACAAUUGAAAAGAAACAAAACUGAUUCAAAAAUAGAAUUUAAAAAAGUUUUACAAACUAUUUUUGAUAUUAAUACAAAAAAUUUUGAGCAAAACAAAAAAAUAAUUCACAAUUUGAAUUUGAUUCCUCAAAAUUUUUGUAUAGACAACUCUGAAAACAGUUACUUACUAAAUGGCCAAACCCACAGAGGCACAAAAAUAAAUGUAGAUGUUCAACACAAAAACAUAAAUUGCAAAAAUAAAAUUAACUUGUAUAAACAAUAUAAAAAACAUUUUAACUCAGAAAAAAAUGUCGUUAAAAAAUUUACACCAAAUAAGUUAAACAAAAUUAAUAGAGAAAAAAGAAAACCAAUAUACAUAGUCAAUUAUAUGAAAAAUGACAAUAAUGAUUUGAUAGAGGUUUCUAAUUAUCUUAAGAAAAGGACAAUAAGAAAAAUAUAUCCAUAA